AUGAUAGUUGACUUACAAUGGUGGCUUCAGACAAGCCCUUACUGGGUAAUCAAUGGUCUCAUAAAGAGCGGUAAUAAGGUGUUAGGAUUAUGGCUUCCGGUCCCACGUGAACAUCCUGGUUUGAUUGUGCCGGGCAUUCGUUUAUGGCACAACAAUGCAUCGGCGUCCGAGUCGACCCGCGUCGCGCUCCAUACCGUCGCACGUUUUCAAAACAAAUUCAACUUUUCAAUUGUUCCAAUUCUAAAAGUUCAUUACAAAACGAUCAAACAGUACGCAGUAUUCGCAAACAUCGGAUGGCCGGGGCCGCAACGUAACAUGAACAAGCUAUCAUUUUAUCUUCUUACACUAAUCACUGUUACCGUAGCUGUUCAUUUCCCAACGAAUCCAACUUCAGAAAUGUCAGCAGAUGAUAAAAACAUGGGUAGAACAAAUAAAACAUAUGAUCAAUCCGAAGAGAGUCACGAAAUAGAAAUUGAAGGCGAAGAAAUUAAAGACAAGAAAUUCUUAGAUGAAGCAAUGAAAACAGUAUUGGACCCGGAUACAGUGAUAAUAAAAAAUGAUGAUGAUAAUUUUAAGAUACAGCUAGAGGAAUUAAAAAGAGAAAAUGUAACUCUUGAAGUCUUCAUGGAGGAGAUGGACAAGUUAAGUUUGGAAGCAUGCAGAACUUCUCAAGACGCUUUGUGGGACUACGUAACCGACACUAUUAGUGAACUAAAGAAGAAUAGAAUGGUACAUAUUGCUGCUGAAGAGGACGAAAUUAAAAAACAGUAUUGGAACAUAAUAAAAAGCAAAUACCUCGAUGAAGCUUAUAAUACUAACGACCAAGAGCUAAAACGAAAAUUACGUAUCAUUAAAGAGAGAGGAACAAAUGUUCAAAUGCCUCAAAGUAAACAAAGGGAAGAAAUUGAUACCAUGCAACGCAUUUGGAGCCGCGUUACGGUCUGCAUGUACAAUACAACCACGUGCAACAGCGAAGAUAGCAGCAUAACUAUGAAUGAUGUGAUAGCAAUAUUUAAGAUAAGCAAUAAUUCUGAAGAGCUAAAGUAUUACUGGAAAGCGUACAGAGAUGCAACAGGGAGGAAAGUAAGACCCAUCUUCAAAGACUACAUAGUACGAAUGAAUAAUGUAGCUGAAUCAGAAAAUUUUAAGGACGCAGGUGAUAUGUGGAGAUACAAUUUCGAAGACGAUGACUUUGUCAACACAGUUGAAAGAGUUUGGAAAGAAGUAAAGCCCCUGUAUAACCUAAUUCACAGUUACGUACGAGUUAAAUUGAAAGCGCUUUAUAAAAAUGAAUUAUUAGAUGAUAAUGGGUUAAUACCAGGGCAUAUUUUGGGUAACCUUUGGGCGCAGGAGUGGCAACCAAUAUAUUCCAGUGUAGCUCCAUACCCAGACAUUAAGCGAGCUAGAAUAGAUAAGAGCUAUGAAGUAUACGCUAAGAAUUUAUUCGAUACUGUAGAUGAAUAUCAUCAGUCACUAGGAUUUGAAAGCGCAAACGAUGCAUACCAGGAUAUUAAAGAAGUUCCUACUACCGCUAACUGCUUGCCAUCUAGCCACGAUAUGUGUGAUGGUGUAAACUAUAAAAUAAAAUGGUGUGGAGAAAAAGUGACCGAUGUUGCGGUUGGCUUAUCACGUGCAGCAAGAUUGUUGGGCCAUGUGCAGUAUUUCCGACACUACAAACAUCUACAACCAUUGUUCAGAGAUGGACCAAAUCCUGCUUUUCACGACGCUAUUAGCGACAUAGUUGCGAUCCAACUGACUUCGCCACGUCACUUGAGGUCUUUGGAUUUCGUUAAAGUGGACGACUGUCCAGAAGCUACCAUGAACCAUCUCUUAUGGCUGGCGCUGGAGAAGUUUCCUCUCAUGGGAUACGCCUAUGCGCUUGAUAAAUGGCGAUGGGACGUCUUCGCCAAUACUAGUAUGGAGAAUUUGAACCAACAUUGGUGGAAUAUAAGAAUAAGAGAGACGAGAAUUUCUCCUCCUGUUCUUCGUAAUGAGAGUGAUUUAGACCCAGCUUCGAAGUACCAUGUAGUGUCACACGUCCAAUAUAUUACAUACCUCAUAUCGCACAUACUGGAGUUUCAAAUUCUACAUUCAUUAUGCAAAACGGUAAACCAUACAGGUCCUCUGCACGACUGUUCCAUAUACGGAAGGAAGGAAGCGGGAAAACUGCUCAGUGACGGAAUGGCCCUCGGGGCUAGCGAAAAUUGGAGAACUGUUCUGAAAACCAUCACUGGGGAGACAGAAUUGUCUACAGCUGGAAUCUUGGAAUACUUUUCCCCCCUUCACACAUUCCUGAUAGAAGAAACUGCAAAACUUGAUAAUGCUGAUGAUGACAUGGACAAAAGUGCACCUAUAAUUGUAGGAAUCAUUGUAAUUAUCUUAACAAUUCUGAUGUUUGUACUAUAUUGUAUUAGAAAACGAGAUGCUGUAAGUAAAUUGAUGUCUAUAUGUGGUCUAAGUAAAAACGGCUCUCUCGAUAUCGCUACGAACGACAUAUCCCAAAACAAAUCCAACGAAGUUCAAGGAAUCAGCGAAGACAAAGUUUAA